UUGUUCUUGUGCUGGUGGGUCUGGCAGUCAUAUGGAUCCCCAUCAUGCAGGCGGCACAGGGGGACCAGCUGUGGCAGUACUGGCAGAUGCUGAUGUCGGCGGUGGGGCCUCCCUGGGCCAUGGUCUUCAUCAUGGGCUUCUUCUGGAAGAGAACAACAGAGCCUGCAGCUUUUUAUGGCAUGUUGGCUGGCCAAGCGGUCGGGUUUUCGCGUCUCAUCUUGGCGUUUGUCUACCCAGCGCCUCCUUGUGGCGAGGAAGACAACCGCAUCUACUUCCUGAAGAUCCACUUCCUGUACGUGUCUGCUAUGGAGACGGCGGUUUCGGGCGCGGUCAUGAUCGUUCUGAGUCUCAUGACUGAGUCACGCCCCAGAUCGAAGUUACAUCGAGUCACGUGGUGGACUAGACAUGACGUUACAUUGCCUGAUCUGACUGAUGACGAAGAUGAAGCUGACGCCGACGCCGGUGAUGAUCCGAACAAUGGAAAUGAGGCACCGGAAUGGCUGUCCAGACUGCAAGCAUGCUGUGGCCUACAGAAGCGACCAGACAGGCUCUCUGAAGAUGAGGCCAAGGCCAUCCAAGCAAAGCUGACCUCCAUCAAAGAGAAGCCGAAAACCAAAUUAUGGCUUGACAUAAAUGCAGUGAUUCUUUUAGGAAUAACCGCCUUCAUAAUAGGUUUCUACCACUAGCUCAAAUGAGGGCGAUGAUUCCGACGAAACGUGGCUGAGCGAUUGGAGCGCAGGGAUACUUUGUCCGACUCGCCUGAAUAGUACUCGCUCUGCUCGGUAUAUAUUGUCAGUCGAAUUUUGACUUGAGAUGGCAGUCAACAGCCGAAACAUUUUCUUCAAAGAUUAUUUUUCACAUUUAGGCAGA